AUGUCUCUGGCAGAGGAGCUGGCAGCGGACCCAGACCUGCGGCUGGAGGCGCGCCUCGUAUUCUCUGCAGAGGACGACAACAGCGGCGCCUCCCUGCCCUCCGCCAACCCCCCCGGGAGGGUGGCCGAUGUCGUGAGGAUAUGGGGCUCCGAGAGGUUGGGAGACCUGCUUGCUAAGGUGGCGGGCGGGUGCGAGCAGCCGUCCACGGUGUGGGAGGCGAGCGCGGCGUGCAGCGACCUGGACGGCGACCUGGGCGCGGCGCACGCGCUGCUGCGCGCCCUCUACGGCCGGCGCUUCCCCGAGCUGGAGGCGCUCGUCCGGGCCGGCGCCGCCUACGCCGCCGUCGCCAGGCGCCUCGGCUGCGGCAGCGCCGGCGGGGGCGGCGCCGGCUACGGGGGCGUGGCGUUCGGGGGCGGGCUCGGGGGCGGCGCCGUCGCGGCCGCGCUGGCGCCGCUGCUGCCGCCGGCCUCCGUCAUGGUGGUCUCGCUGGCCGCCGCCACCACCAGGGGACGCAGCCUCACCGAGCAGGAGCAAGAGUGCGUGACGGAGGUGCUGGACGCGGAGGCGGGAAUGACGGCGGCGCGGGCGGUGCUGGGGGCGUACGUGGAGGCGCGCAUGGCGGCCGCCGCCCCCGAGCUGGCGGCCGUUCUGGGGGCGGAGGCGGCGGCGCGCCUCGUGGCGGCUGCGGGCGGCCUGCACAAGCUGGCGCGCACGCCCGCCUGCAACGUGCUCGCGCUCGCCAAGGCCGCCGCCGCCGCCUCGGGGGUGGCGGGGGCGGCGGGGGCGGCGCGGCUGGGCGCGGGGCCGGGCGCCGCCGCCGCCAGCCUGCUCGCCUGCCCCACGCUCAUGGAUGCGCCGCUGCACCUGCGCAGGAAGGUGGAGCGUCGGCUGAGGCAGCUGCAGGCUCCGCCGCCGCCCAAGGAGACGCGCGCGCUGGCGCGGCCGCCGCCGGGCGUGGGCCUGCUGGGCGGCAGCGUGGGCGGCGGCACCGGCGUGUACGUGGGCGGCGGCGCGGGGCGGCGGCGCGGGGGGCGGCGCGCGCGCCGGCAGCGGCGCCAGAGGGGGCAGCUGACCGCGCUGGCCCGCCUGCGCAACAGGGUGCGGCUGGGCGACGCGUGGACCGGCGCCCCUCCGGAGGCCGACGGCUGCUGGGGCUGGGCCGGCGACGGCGGCGGGGGCGGCGGCGCGGCGGGACCCGGCGGCGUCAGGGCGCCGCCCCCCGACGACAGGACCAAGGUUCGCAUCUCCAGAGCGCUGCAGCGCCGGCUGGCCGUGGAGCGGGAACGCUGCCUGGGCGCCGGCGACGUGCUGGCCACACCCACGCCGGGCACUGCGUCCAGUGUUGCCUUCUCGACGGUCGAGGGGCUCGAGAUCGUGCACCCUGCGGCGGCCGCCGCAGAGGCCCUCCCAAGGGGCCGCGGCAGGUACUUCGCUGACGUCGGCGCCUGCUGA